CUGGUUUGUGGGGAAGCUCUUGUUUUUUCUUUCAGGAAUUGGUUGGUGGCAUGGACACUUAGACCUUUCUUAUUUUUAGUAUUUGUGACAAUCAUAGAGUUUAUAAUAAUAGAGGAAAGACUGAUCCUGCUUGGGGUCAUUGUAAACAAAUUGUGGAUUUACCAAUUGUGUUAUCUUUCACUCACCUUUGUUGAUAUAAAUUAAAAAAGUAUUUUGUACUAGGGACUAAUAUAUUAUCUUUUUUUAGAUAAUUAGUUAUGUUUAAAAAUUAAUAUUGAACUAUUAAUGUUUGCAAAGAUUUAUAUUUUAAUUUUUAAGACAUUAUUUUAAUUUUAUUCAUAUAAUUUAAAUUUUUUUUAGUAAUGACUGGGUUGACUGGGUGAAUUAGUGACCCACCGGUUGAACAAGUGACCCGGUCGUAUAACCGGGUUGAUUACCGGUUCGGUUCUGAUAACUAUGAUUUUAGCAUGAUUCUGAAAAUUCAACUGGAUUGAUCGGUUCAAUUGGAAAUCGGUUAUUUGACCGAUUCGGUUCAAACAAAAAAUUAUUGACAAAAAAUCGGUGAAAGAAUCGGUUAAAUUGACGGUUAAUCAAUGAACCAAUUGAACCGUCCGGUUUUUUUUAAAGAUUUCCGGUUUUUAAAAUUGUAUAUAUAAAAAAACAAAAGACCCCCCUCUCUCUCUCACUUUCCAAACUGCACCGUACCCCUUGCUAAACCCUAUCAGAGACAACGGCUCCAGCCACCACCACCACCAGCUGCAGCAGGCAGCAGCCCCCGCCACCAGCUGCCACUCGCCCUCUUCUCGCCGUGGAAUUUCUGUUUGGACACAUCGCACGUCGCUCGAGUCGCCCAGCUCACAGUCGCACGUCGCUCAUCUCGUUGCUCGCCUCUUCGGUCACCUCGCCGUUGCUCACCUCAACGGGUUAGUCUCUGAAUCAAGUAGUAGUGCAUACUUGAAAGAAAUGAAUCCAUUUCAUUUUCAGUCUGUACCACCACCUCAUCCUCUUGGACCUCCUCAGUUUCCAAUGUUACCUCCUGAUCCACCAAGUUCAAGUUCAUUUUGGCAAAACCGAAAUGUUUGUGAACGCCUCAGAGAAUUGCAGGACACUCUUAAUCUUGCAAAGGCAAUGCAAAAGGAGCUAGAGAUGUUGAUGAUGAUCAAAGAUGGUAAAGUGUCUUUAGAAGAUGUGAAACAUGGAUCUAACGAACCUUACCUGUCUGGUUUUCUAGAAUGUUUGCAAGACAGAAGGGUUAAUAUAGAAUCCCAAGAAUCAUUGGCAGUUGAAGCAGCUAAUUAUUUGAUGUCAAAGCUAAGAUCUCAGCUGGAGCCAUUCAGAUAUGUUGCGGAUGAAGCAAGUCCAUGGGAGGAGAAAUCUGCGGCUGCAAGGUUUGCAAAUAAAGUGUACAAGUCCAAAAGAAAUAAGCGCUGGCGGAAGAAGAAAAGGAAGCGUAUUGCAGAAAUGCUGGCAAAGGAGCAGGAGGAAUUUCAUUGCAUUGACCGAGAAGCUGAUGAAUGGAGAGCAAGGGAGAUUUCUAAGGAUGUUGCAAACUGCAAGGUGGAAAAGAUGAAGGAAAUUGCUAAGAUUAAAGCCAAAGAAGAGAAGAGGAAAUUAGAGGCUGAGCUUGAAAUGCUCUUGGUUGUGGAGAAGCUUCAAGAAUUACGCUCCAUAAGGAUUCAAAAGUUGAAAAAACAAGGCCAUUUUCUUCCUGAGGAGGAUGACAAGUUUCUUGAGAGAGUUCAGGCUGCAGUGGAAGAAGAGGAGCGUGAAGCUUUGGCUGCAGCGAAAACAGUUGCUGCUAAAGAUGCGAUAGCAACUGCUGAAGAAUCCAGGAAAGCUAGCAAAAAUCAAGGGAUGCUCUCAAAAGAAAGUAACACCGACACUAAAAUUGAGGAGAACAAAGAGAAAACGGUUGAUAAGGUGCCUGAAGAGGGAUCUGAUGCCGUUGAGUAUAAAUCAAGUAAAAUUGCUUCAGAAGGACAGAGUAGUGGUGGAACAUAUGAUCCUUUGGCAAAUUUACCUAUUGAGUUCUAUCAUUAUUAUCAUGGCAGCAACAAUGACAUGGGAACGCUUAUUGAGGUUAGAAGAGGGUGGGAUGCCUAUAUCAGACCAGGAGGAAGCCGCAUACCAGGGCACUGGGUUCAGCCUCCUCCUCCAGCCAAUGAGAUAUGGGCUUCUUACUUGGUCAAACCCAAAUGAUUGCUAAUUCAUUGCCAAUUUUGUGUAAAAAAUUUCAGAUGAUUAGUGUUGUUUUGCUACCUAUGAAGUAUGAACUGUGUUCAUGACCAGCCAGGUAUUAAUGGUGUGGGGUGAAAUGUAUAUUGUAGUAAUCUUUUGUAUGCAACCAAUCAUUUGUAAGUAUUUUAUUCAAAUCAAAGACCAUAGCAUAAUAUUGUUGAAUAUACAGUAAAUAAAUGAAAAAAUAAUUUCAGAAUCAUUUUUCAGAA